AGAAAAGAAAGAGAAUUCCUAUACAAGCCGGCGGGUUGGCGUGCUCUAAAUAAAAUCAUUUUCGUAGAGUUGUUCGUUCGUCCGCAGUAAAUUCGAGUCAUCGGGAAAUGGUGUACGCGUACAAAAGUGAUUUUCGUUUUUUCUAAAAGUUAUUUUCGUAAUCGAACCAUGGGAAAUAGGCGACGUUUGAAUAAGUUCAUAUCCAAAUGGAUAAAAAGCGAUCUCCCAGAGGAACGAAGUACCGUCCUACUGUUGGGAGUGACGCGGAUUCCUACUUCUCCAUUACCGCAUCGUCGACCGUGUUCUCUACCCGCUUCAACCGCCCCCAACGUUAACGGAUCGGGCGGUGCGAGUAGACAAUCCCAUAGUAAGAAGAUCGCGCCGGUUAGGAGGAAUUCUUCUCUAAAGAAAAGCGGAGGCGGUGUUGGUGUUGGUAUUAGUAGCGGCGGAAGAAAAAUUCAGGUACCGAGUAUCGACGUACACCGCGCGGACAUCAUCCGUUCACAGGUAUCUGUUCCGGCCGAAGCAUGUACCGAAAAUUCGUAUCGUCGGUCGUCGUUUAACAGCCAAACCGUCGAAGACACGGAGACGCCAAAAGCGUCCCCCGUAUCCAGAUGCGCAGCUGUUAAUCUAACGUCUGCGCCGACGCCGAAUGACGUAAUGGAAAAGUCGAUCGAUUCUAUUGGAACUUGUUCUCUGGACGCGGAAGCAUCGGUCGAUCUUUCAGAUUGGUCUGAAGCCUCUUCGGCCGAUACGUUACGCAGCGCAAGCGUAGUAACACCAUCUCCGGAACCACAUCUACCUUCUUAUUUGAGUCUAGCUUGUACCGUCAACGGUUAUUCCACCACAACGCAUUACGAUCCCUUACGUUUAGCUUCAAGAUCGCGAGAUGUUUCUCCACACCGGAUAGAUACCGAUCACCAAUCUGUUCAAAAAGUUUCAACUUUUUCUAUACAAAACAAUCUUCUAUCUCCUCCGAAUAUAGUUCCACUACCUACACUCAAAAUGGAGAACGCCUUAACACAACACCGCAACGAAUUCUACAGCUCCCUGAAAACUUCCACGUAUAUGAGCAAACAGUCGUAUUCUUCCGGAAUAUUCAGUAGUAUAACCCAAUCGAAAGACACGACCGACAGUUGCUUGGAAAACGGUCAUCAGACCAUCCAAAAUAAGUGCGUCAGCUUCGAAAGCACCAGCAUGACGGAUACGGGCGGACAGAGGAAAUGCGUAUCGGAAACCAGUAUGAAACAAGAAUAUUCCAACGGAAGUGAAACGAAAUCGUUCAUACAACAAAGAGUGGAACGCCUCUACGGACCGGGCGCUCUGGCGCAAGGUUUCUUCAUAACCAAACCUCAGAAAAGCCGCUUAAACGAAUCCGACAGCAAAACGCACGCCCCCGUCGGCGAUAAACAUUCUAAAUCAAUGAACGACAACCUUCUCGAAGAAGACGAUGAUGUAGAAUACGGUAUGAAACAGAGUACCAGUAGUCCAACUCUUCCGGUCCUAAGGCAUCUUCGACCCGAAUUUAGGGCGCAACUACCGAUGAUAAGUCCCAGAAGGGGACAACAAUUAGAAAUUACGACUAUACAGAAGAGUAUCACCGUACCGAAAUUGAUAAAUGUGGUUAAAGUGAAUGGACAUUCGAAAGCCAAUGAAGCCGAAACGAUAUCCGAUGUUAAGGAAGAUGUUAACGGAACAUGUAAUGAUAAAUCUGUAAUAGUGGAAAAAGAUGGUCAUUAUUUUUUGAAAAUCCUUGAGGAUCAAACAAAAAGACUGUUGGAAUUAGCCGCUAGAGUAGAAAGUGAUAUGUCAUCACCAGAUUUAUCGGAAGAAGUAAUAGGAAAACUUAGAUCAGCAUCAGGAAAAGCGAGACUGUUGGUAUCGCAGAAAAUGCAACAAUUCAAAGGUCUAUGUACUAAUAAUAUUAAUAGGACUGCUGGCGAAGCUUUCCCUACGACCAAUGAAGACCUCCAAGGCUUCUGGGACAUGGUGAUGCUUCAAGUUGAUCAAGUCGACGCUAUUUUCAAAGAAAUCGAUGUACUGAGAAAUAAUAAUUGGAAAGAACCGGCAAAAAUUGAGGUUAAGAACACUCAAAACGGUACAGCUAAACCUAAAAAGGCCGUAACGCGUAUCAGGCCAUCCUCCGCCGCUAACGAGGAAGCCAGAAAACAGAGGGAAAUCGAGAGAAAAAGGAUGAUAGAAGAAAAACGUAAAGCGAUGAAAACGGCUCAACAGUCUAAACCUACUAUCGAAAUUUUUGUACCCGAAGCUAGUAGCUGAGAUUCGACUUCGUUUUAGGUAUUAUAAGAAGGAUAGGAAAAGUGGUUUGGAAAGGAAAAGAAAAUUUGAAGAAUGUUCAACUCCAAUACUGAAAAAGGACAAGAAUUUUUUUAAAAAAAAUCUGUUUUUACCGGAAGUAAGUUUUUUUUUGACAAAAUAAAUGAUUAAAAAAUACCUCUAAUUCAUUUAUGUAUAAAAAUUUAGUGUUUUAUGCGAUUAAAUAUUUUCCAGGUCGACGUUCUAUAUAUUUUCCAACCCCCUUUCCCUUAUCGCUGCACUAUAUUUUAAUAUGCUCACUUGUAUAAUAUAAUUACAUUUACUGCAACGUUAAUCAAAUGUUUCAAUUAAAACAAAAAAUAAUUUCGUAAUAAUCAAUUAUUUUCUAUUAGAAUAACAAUUUUUUGUUUUAUAUCUCUAAAUAAAGCUUCAUUGAGGCGCAAUGUUGACGUUAGCUUAGAGCGCCGAAUGAGGUAUAAUCUCUACUAGAACGCCAUCUUCAAAUAACCCUCAAAGCAUGGAAAAUAGAAAAUUUGCAACAAAUAUCGAAAAUUGCAUCUUGUUCUUCUUCCAAAUAUUGAUACAUUAUACUAUGAUUGGUUUAAUCAAAUAAUUAUGUGACUCUAUCUCUUCUUCUUCAUAUUUUUACCUUAUUAUAACCCCAAAUUGAUUCCGCUGUCUCUAAACAUCCUUCUAGUUGACCAUUGGAAGGUUUCCAACUAAUUUAAACACACAUCUCGUUCUUAUUUCAACGUACUGUGUCUUCUUCUUUCAAGUAUUGAUACAUUAUAAUAUAAUCGGUUGAAUCAAGUGAUUUUGUUACUGUACCUCCUCUUUUAUCAUUUGUUCUUCAUCUUUUUACCUUAUUAUGACCCCAAAUUGAUUCCGAUGUCUCCAAACAUCCUUCUAGUAGAUCAUCGGAAGGUUUCCAACUAAUUUAAGCACACAUCUCGUUCUUAUUUCAACGUACUGUGUCUUCUUCUUUCAAGUAUUGAUACAUUGUAAUAUAAUCGGUUGAAUCAAGUGAUUUUGUUACUGUACCUCUUCUUUUAUCAUUUGUUCUUCAUCUUUUUACCUUAUUAUGACCCCAAAUUGAUUCCGAUGUCUCUAAACAUCCUUCUAGUUGAUCAUUGGAAGGUUUCCAACUAAUUUAAAUACACAUCUCGUUCUUAUUUCAACGUACUGUGUCUUCUUCUUUCAAGUAUUGAUACAUUAUAAUAUAAUCGGUUGAAUCAAGUGAUUUUGUUACUGUACCUCUUCUUUUAUCAUUUGUUCUUCAUCUUUUUACCUUAUUAUGACCCCAAAUUGAUUCCGAUGUCUCCAAACAUCCUUCUAGUAGAUCAUCGGAAGGUUUCCAACUAAUUUAAGCACACAUCUCGU